AUGUUGUCUGCACGGAAAUGGCUCCUUUCGAUAGCCUCUGCUGCCUUACUUGUCAGUGCUACACCCGCCGUGGAUGACCGACGUUCGUCGGCGGCCGCUGCUUGCGCUAGAGUCGGUACGAAGCAGGAAUUGAGCCCUGCCUUUGCAGGUUCCGUCCAAUACGAGCAUGAUAUUUCCCACUGGUCAAAUGCGAGCAGCCUUCCUUCACUCUGCAGCGUUCAGCCUGAUUCUCCUCAGGAAAUUCAACAAUUGUUCUCGAUUAUCAAGGCUACUCGUACUCCUUGGGCAGUGAAAGGCCUGGGACACUGCAACAACAACAACAUGAGUUCCACGUACGGGCUCCAAAUCGACAUGUCCCAAUUCAGCCAGAUCGCCCUUAGCGAGGAUAAAAAAUCACUGAAGGUGGGAACGGGGCUCAAUUGGGGACAGGUGUACGGGUAUCUUGCGCCUCAUGGCCUUAUCGUCGUCGGAGGGAGAUCUCCUACAGUCGGUGCUGCAGGAUUAUUGCUCAGCAGCGGCUAUGCCUGGCUCACCAACGAAUACGGAUUCGCGAUUGACAACACCCUCUCAGCUGAUAUUGUUCUUCCUAAUGGCACCUUUACUACCGUUUCGGAAAACCAUGGCGCUGACAUCUUCCGUGCGCUUCAGGGUGGCCUUAACAAUUUUGGAAUUGUCACUAGUCUCACACUGAAGACGUUCCCAAUUGGACAAGUGUGGGGCGGCAGUUUGCAAGUUACGGGCGACUUGACGGCGAUGAUUGACGCGACAGUGGAGUACUCCGCUAAACCGUCGGUGCCCCAAGCUACACUAGCUGUCGAGUUCCUGGCAGUUAACGGUACGGCGACGGGGUUAAUCAUUAUGUUCUACGACGGACCUACACCCCCUCCUGGUCUUUUCGACGCGUUCGUCAAUCUUCCCAACGCAACUGGAAGCGUGAAGACACAGUCGUUCAUUGACUUCGUCCAGGCGGGCGAGGUAGCUGCCGCGCCGAACAAUCGCGCGACCUGGUAUUCCGCCCCCAUCUUGAACUGGACUCGCGAGAUAAUUGAAUACAUUGGCGAACAGGCAGUGGAAACUUCUAUUAAAGUCGCCCAGCAGAGCAAGAGCGGGACGCUUGUUUCAGGCAACAUCGAACCGUUUGGGACACAGGCGUAUAGCUUCAGCCGUGGCUCUGCGUGGCCGCACGAUACCGCACACCCGUAUAACACCUUCAAUGGCCUCGUAAUGUGGACAGAUCCCCAGGACGACAAGAUCUUGUUUGACCUUACUAUCGAGUAUCACACGAAGAUCUGGCAAAAGGCUAUUGAGCUCGGUAUCUCGAGGCCGAAGGGCGAGGUGUUCUUCCCUCCAAACUAUUCGCAAGGCAUCACUCCCGUUGAGCAGAUCUACGGACCGAAUUUGGGUUGGCUGAGAACACUAAAGAAGAAGAUCGAUCCUUGGAACCUCAUCAGCCUCACAGGUGGUUUCAAGAUCUGA